CUAUUAAUUGCCCAUUUGACCACAUAUUCUCUACUUGAGGAGACGCGCUUUUUAGUAUUUUCCCAAAACCGUUCCAAUAGCAUUCUGAUUGUCCAGCAGACAGAAGAUCCCGGUGUGGUUGCGUGUUUUUUCAGUGACUAAUUUUCGACUAGCCCAAGUGUAAUUUUCGUUCCGAUAAGGUUCGUCAAUCGGUAUUUUAGUGAUAUACUUGUGUAAAUGCAACGGAAGAAUACUUCCUGUUACAGUGGACCUAGCAGGUACUGAAAUUGAUUUUUGCUUUUCAAAAAAAUCCUGCUUUCAACCAGUAGCAAUACAUAUUAGAAUUUUCGUUGAAAGCCAACGGAAAAUACACGCGCCGCCUGACUGGUGAGCGAAACGCAUUGCAUCCUCAGCAUCCAUCUAUCACGCAACAGAGCGAAUUUGCACGUCAGCGUUGUGUGAGUGCAUGAGAGGAAAUUAGCACUCGCGCGAGAAAAUCUACAGGAGCGAUAUUUUCGCCUCGAUUGCGCGAGCAGAAGUAAAUAAGUACGAGUUAGUUCAAUCACAGCAGUUCAGUUUGAAGCCGAGCUUCAACGUGUUUGCAGCGUUUUCUUUCAACGGAAGUUGUGUCUCGCCUUGUGUUUUGGAAGGAUAAUUCUCCAUCCGCCACCGUGAGGCUGGCCCAAGUGUGAAUAGUGCGGUAAUUUAUCCUACCGGGGGGAAAACGACAGGAAAAUAGUGGAAGUAAUCAAUAAAUCACAAUCAACCUGAUUGCGGUACAAGUUGUGGAAAAACUUGUGUUUUUCAUAGAUCGCACACACUAUCUGAACGGUUGGUGUGAUCGUAAGCAGUGAAAGAUCGCGCGGUGUUUUGAGGUGCACGAGAGAGAGGAGUGAAAAUCCUUUUGGCGAUUGCGAACUGCAACCUAGCCACUACUUGCUGUCUGUUCUAUCUUGCGCUUAGUUCAGUUCAGAACGUGCUGCUGAGAAGGUGUGAUCCAGUGGAAAAAGUUUAAGACCGCUUAGCUUAAAUCGAUCUUCCUUUGGCAGUUGUGUACUAAUUGAACGCAUCUUUUUUGCCUAACCACACACACAACUAGCUGUUCAGCAGAUUGCACCGCCAUUCCUUCCCGUGGAAAACGUUCCCACAAGAAAAAAGCACGACGCAACCAAAACGCAACAAUGCCAGCUCGCUUCGAAGAUGUCUCUACUGACACCCGUCGUGGUGUCCCCCGGGACCUGGGGGGACAGUACGAUGGCCAUCAGAUUCGGGAUGACAUCUGUAUCACAGGCUUCUCCGGCCGCCUGCCGGAGAGCUCUAACAUCGAGGAGUUCAAACGGAACCUGAUGGAGGGCAUCGACAUGGUCAAUGACGACGACAGACGGUGGCCCAAGGGUCUGUACGAGCUGCCCACUAGGGUCGGCAAGAUCAAGAACGAAGAUUUGCAAAACCUGGACGCAGAGUUUUUCAAAAUCCACCAGAAGCAGGCAGAAUGUAUGGAUCCGCAGAUGCGAAUGCUGCUCGAGUGUACCUACGAGGCUAUCAUUGAUGCUGGCAUCAACCCUCAGGAGAUUCGGGGCAGCCGCACUGGGGUUUACAUAGGAUGCUCGAAUUCGGAAACCGAGCAGCAUUGGUGCGCCGAUCCGGAUCUUGUCAAUGGGUACGGUUUGAUCGGUUGUGCCAGGGCUAUGUUUGCCAAUCGGCUUUCCUAUACGUUUGACUUCAAAGGUCCCAGUUAUGCGGUCGAUACAGCUUGCUCGAGUUCACUUAUCGCGAUGUCAACUGCUUUCGCAGAUAUGAAAGCCGGACACUGUGACGCGGCCAUCGUGGCCGGUUGUGGACUGAUCCUGAAACCAACCAUGUCCCUACAGUUUAAGCGAUUGAACAUGCUGGGUAAGGACGGUACCUGCAAGGUGUUCGAUGAAUCUGGAAAUGGGUAUGUGCGUUCUGAUGGAUGCGUCGUUACCUUCCUACAGCGUGCUUCCGAUUCUCGUCGUAUUUACGCGAGCGUUUUGAACGUUCGAAUUAACACUGACGGCUAUAAAGAGCAGGGCAUUACGUUCCCCAACGGACAAAUGCAAAAGCGACUAAUUAAAGAGACUUAUGAGGAGAUCAAUCUGAACCCGGCGGAUGUUGUCUACGUGGAAGCACACGGAACUGGAACCAAGGUCGGUGAUCCACAAGAAGUUAACGCUAUCACUGAUUUCUUCUGCAAGGAUCGCAAAAAUCCACUACUGAUAGGAUCGGUAAAGUCCAACAUGGGCCACUCGGAGCCUGCUUCUGGUGUGUGCUCAAUUGCGAAAAUGUUGAUAGCUAUGGAAGCUGGAAUCAUCCCCGGAAAUUUGCACUAUAGCAAGACUAAUCCGGAUUUGUACGGUUUGAUUGAUGGUCGCGUUAAAGUUGUAGACCGAAAUAUGCCUUGGAACGGAGGCAUCGUGGGAUUGAACUCUUUCGGUUUCGGAGGUGCCAAUGCGCACGUUAUCAUGAAGUCAUACCCGAAACCGAAACCAAUCAGCCCUAGAGAUGGAUUCCCGAAAUUAGUUCUUGCUUCAGGACGUACUGAAGAAGCUGUUGAAGCAUUCCUUGAUGCGGCUGAAAAGAAUAAAGACGACGAAGAAUUGGUGGGAAUUAUUAAUGAAAUUCACAGUAAAAAUAUUCCGUUACACUUCCAGCGUGGUUAUACGGUUCUCGGUGACGGCCAAGCCGUUCGCGAAGUGCUAGAUGUGAACGACGAUAAGCGCCCGAUUUGGUUUAUUUACUCUGGUAUGGGAUCGCAAUGGGCUAGUAUGGCGAAGCAAAUGAUGGAAGUUGAGGUCUUCAGCAAUAGCAUUCACCGCUGUGCUGAGGCACUUAGACCGGAAGGCGUGGAUUUGAUUGAUGUUUUAACCAAGAGUGACGAGGCUAAAUUUGAGAAUAUUUUGAACUCGUUCAUAUCGAUCGCUGCCGUCCAGGUUGCACUGACCGACGUUUUGAACCACAUUGGCAUCAAUCCGGAUGGAAUGGUGGGACACUCGGUGGGAGAAUUAGGCUGUGCUUAUGCUGACGGUUGUUUCACUCCGGAGCAAACGGUAUUGGCCGCUUACUGGAGAGGACGCAGUAUUUUGGAUACGCAACUAAUUAAGGGUCAGAUGGCAGCCGUCGGUCUCUCGUGGGAGCAGUGCAAGGAACGAUUGCCGAGUGAUAUUAUAGCGGCUUGCCACAACAGCAGCGACAGUGUGACGAUUUCUGGUCCCGUAGACUCCGUAUCUAAGUUUAUCGCUGAACUGAACGUCGAAGGUAUAUUUGCCAAGGGGGUGAAAUCAUCGAACAUUGCCUUCCACAGUCGGUACAUUGCGGACGCUGCGCCGAAGCUGCGCAAAUCUCUCGAUAAAAUAAUUCCCAAUCCAAAGAACCGUUCACCGCGUUGGAUUAGUACCAGCAUUCCAGAGGAAGCCUGGAAAACUCCACUGGCUCAGCAAUCGUCCGCUGCGUACCACGUCAACAAUCUUCUGUCGUCGGUACUGUUCUCUGAGGGACUCCAGCAUGUGCCAGCAAACGCAAUCUGUAUCGAAAUUGCCCCGCACGGUUUACUGCAAGCCAUUCUGAAGCGAGCUCUGGGUAAAGAUUCUACAAAUCUUAGCCUCAUGAAACGUGGUCAUGAUAACAAUGUAGUCUUCAUGUUAAGCAACAUUGGAAAAUUAUACGCUGCCGGUGCUCAACCACAGGUUAAAAAGUUAUAUCGUCCCAUCACCUACCCGGUAGGCCGAGGUACGCCGAUGUUGAACUCCCUUGUCAAAUGGGACCAUUCGUCCAAAUGGUUCCUGGCGAAGUUUGGAGUGGAAAAUAAGUCCGGUGAAACAAUCAUUGACGUUAACCUAGACAAACCGGACGAUGCGUACCUUGCGGGACAUACCAUUGAUGGCCGUGUUCUAUUCCCUGCGACCGGCUAUAUGACAUUGGCUUGGCGUACCUUCGCCAAGAUGCGAGGUGCCGAUAUGGAUAAAACUCCAGUCGUCAUUGAGAAUGCCGUUUUCCAUCGGGCCACCAUUCUACCGAAGGAAGGAUCCGUCAAGUUCGGUAUUAAUUUCUUUGACGGAACCGGUGCCUUUGAAAUUUGCGAAGGAGGUUCACUGGCGGUCUCUGGUAAGAUAACGAUCCCUGAGAAGGUAGAAAACGAAGAACUCGCCUUGUACAAGUUGGACGACGAUAAAUCGGGCAUUCCGAUGAACACCAGCGAUGUGUACAAAGAACUGCGUCUGCGAGGAUACGAUUAUGGUGGUCUUUUCCGCGGGGUGACCAAAGCCGACGGACGAGCGAUCAAUGGAGAGUUACAGUGGAAGGACAACUGGGUGAGCUUCAUGGAUACCAUGCUGCAGUUUAGCAUUUUGGGAAAGAACAUGCGAGAGUUAUAUCUGCCUACCAGAAUCGAGAAGAUUAUCAUCAAUCCUGCUCGACACAUGGAUCUGAUGAACGAAUUGAAAUCCAAAAAUCAAGACGUUCCGGUUAGUGUGUACCGAAAUAUUGAUGUCAUCAAGAGUGGAGGAGUGGAAAUGCGUGGAUUGAAAGCUACGCUUGCUCCGAAACGAAGUGGUACUCAGGCAACACCAACAAUCGAAAAGUACGUUUUCGUGCCCAACUACAACGAAAAGGAACUGGCCGAAAAUAGUGAAAAGGCAAGAUUACGUUCCAUCACUACUGCAGUUCAUAUUGCCAUCGAGAAUAGCGCUGGUGCCCUCAAGCUUAAAGUUGCCGAAGCCUGUUUCCAGCGUGCUCCGGAAAAUACCGUUGCCGGAACGGUUCAGGCUCUCAUUGAAGGUGAACCUACACUGGUUACCGAUGUUGCUGUGGUUACGAACUAUCAACCCGAUAGUUUGACUCAACAUUACGGCGAUAGUGGUGUCCGGGUUGUCCAAAAGGAUGCCGCCACAUCGGCUAUCGAACAAGGCUGUCAUUUAGUCAUCUCCUAUGACGUUCUCGGAAAUCCGGAUGGACAAACGGUUCUCAAAAAUCUACGCGACUCUAUUCGGGAUGAUGGUUUUAUUUUCUUGGAAGAAUCUCGCACAAAUUUCGACAGCACCAAGAAAGGCAAAGCACUGUUCGAUUCUCUCACUCUAACUACUGUCUCCUAUCAGUACUGUGAUAAGAAGGUAUUUGUGUUGUUGCGCCCUGCCGUCAAUUACGAGCAGCGCAAGAGUACUAUCAUCCAAGUAACGGAGAAAAACUUCACCUGGGUGGAAACUUUGAAGGCUGCUCUCGCCACGGCCGAAGAAACCAACACGUACGUGUACUUAGUAUGCCAAGGAGAGGAAUUAUUCGGUGGUCAAGGACUUAUCAAUUGUAUCAAAAAUGAAGCCGGUGGUAAAUAUGCGCGUAUGAUUUUCAUUCAAGAUAAACGCGCGGAGAAGUUCUCGUUGACCGGAAAGUUCUACGUCGAACAGCUGCGUAAGGAUUUGAUUUGCAAUGUCGUUAAUAAUAGCGGUGUCUGGGGCACUCUCCGCCAUCUCCGACUGGACAACCAAGCUAACACACCAUCGCUGCCGGUCGAGCAUUCCUACGUGAAUGCUCUGACCAAAGGUGAUCUAGCCAGCUUGAAGUGGAUUGAGGGUACUCUUUCUCGGGAUAGGCCCGAUCCAAAGGAUAAGCGCUUGGAGCUGUGCACCGUGUAUUUUGCGCCGAUUAAUUUCCGCGAUGUUAUGCUGUGUUCAGGAAAACUUGGUGUCGAUGCUCUUCCGGGUGAUCUUCCAACGCAAGAUUGUAUUCUUGGAUUAGAGUUCGCAGGUCGUGACUCCGCCGGUCGCCGUAUCAUGGCUAUGGUUCCAGCAAAAUCGUUAGCGACAACCUGUAUCGCACAUCGCAACAUGAUGUGGGAAAUACCAGACAACUGGACUAUGGAACAAGCGUCCACGGUACCCUGCGUAUAUUCGACUGUCUACUAUGCGCUUGUCGUUCGUGGCCGCAUGAAGGCCGGUGAGUCUAUCUUGAUUCACGCCGGUUCAGGAGGCGUGGGUCAGGCCGCCAUUUCGGUUGCCCUAGCUGGUGGUUUAACUGUAUUCACAACCGUCGGUAGUCAGGAGAAACGAGAUUUCCUCAAGCGCACAUUCCCGAAACUGCAGGAUAAGAAUAUCGGUAAUUCACGAGACUGUUCCUUCGAACAGAUGGUGAUGCGCGAAACACAAGGUCGUGGUGUAGAUUUGGUACUGAACUCACUGGCAGACGAAAAGUUGCAAGCUUCCGUUCGGUGCUUGGGAUUGAAUGGGCGAUUCUUGGAAAUUGGAAAGUUUGAUUUGAGCAAUAAUAGCCCGUUAGGAAUGUCAGUGUUCCUGAAGAAUUCCUCGUUCCAUGGCAUUUUGGUGGACAGUAUAAUGGACGGUGACGAGGAAACUCUCAGCCAGGUGACCAAACUGGUUUCCGAGGGUAUCAAAUCGGGAGCCGUACGACCGCUGCCGACAAGUGUAUUCGGAGAUCAACAAGUAGAGCAAGCGUUCCGCUUUAUGGCAUCCGGUAAGCACAUCGGUAAAGUGGUGCUCAAAAUUCGAGAAGAAGAGAAAGCCAAAACGGUCGUACCAACACCGAAACUAGUAGCGUCGAUUCCACGAACCUAUAUGCAUAAGGAGAAGAGUUACAUUCUUAUUGGAGGUCUGGGUGGAUUCGGUCUAGAGUUGGCCAAUUGGUUGGUGUCACGAGGAGCUACAAAAAUUGUGCUCACCUCACGUAGCGGAAUUCGUACUGGUUACCAGUCGUUGAUGAUUCGUCGUUGGAGCGAACGUGGAGUAACCGUUUCAAUCGACACUAACGAUGUGACUACGCUUAAGGGAGCACAAAAGUUAUUGCAGGAAGCCAAGAAGCUUGGACCAGUUGGAGGUGUUUUCAAUUUGGCUGCUGUACUUCGAGACGGUUUGAUCGAAAACUCCACUGAAGCAGAUUUCAAGACUGUUUGUGUACCCAAAGUUGAUGGAACGAAGAAUUUGGAUCAGGCUACCCGUGAGUUGUGUCCUGAUUUGGACUACUUCAUAUGCUUCUCGAGUGUGUCUUGCGGCAGAGGUAACAUCGGACAGGUUAAUUAUGGUUUAGCAAACUCGGCUAUGGAGCGAAUCUGUGAGGCUCGACAGGCAGUCGGUCUACCUGGAACUGCUAUCCAGUGGGGAGCUAUCGGUGACACUGGGUUGGUGUUGGAGAACCUUGGAGACAACGAAACGGUCAUCGGAGGUACUCUGCCCCAGCGUAUGCCUUCCUGUUUGCAAACAAUCGAUUUCUUCAUGCAGCAGCCAUGUCCAGUACUGGCAUCGAUGGUCGUCGCUGAGAAACGGAAAGCCGAAACUGGCGGAGCAGGAUUAGUCAGUUCCAUCGCCAACAUUCUUGGACUGAAAGACACAAAGAACGUUUCGGAUUCGUCUAGCUUGGCAGAUCUUGGCAUGGAUUCGUUGAUGGGAGCUGAAAUUAAGCAAACUCUUGAGCGAAACUUUGACACGGUCAUGAGCGCCGCUGAUAUUCGUAUGCUCACCUUCGGAAGGUUAAAAGCUUUGGAAAGUGGUACCGGAGAUGCCGGUGCAGGAAGCGGUGCUCCAACGUCAGCUUCACCAGAGCCCCAACAGCAAGAACAAAAUGGUUUAGGCGAUGGAACACAGGUUAAGUUUAGUGCUGAGCUUAUGCCUACGCAAUGCUUAGUUCGACUAACCUCUAGAGCUCCAGCGACAAGCAAAGACAAACCAGUGUUUAUGGUGCAUGCAAUUGAGGGCGUAAUCAGUUCCCUUAUUCCACUAGCUGAAACAGUUCCGGUACCAGUGUACGGUCUGCAAUGCGUUGCCGAAGCUCCGUUAGAAUCUCUCGAAGCCUUGGCCGGCUACUAUAUCAAACAAAUCCGCACAGUUCAACCGAAGGGCCCAUACUCAAUUGUUGGUUACUCCUUCGGUGCAUCGAUUGCCUACGAAAUGGUCGCUCAGUUAGAGAAAGCCAAAGAAACCUGCCGAUUGAUUCUGCUGGACGGAUCACCCCGGUACGUGAGUUGGUACACCGAAGCUCAGAAACAGCGUAACGCCAACGGAGAAGUGGUGCAAGCAGAGGACGAGGCUUACGCGUUAGCAUAUUUCGGCAUGGUGUGCGGCAAUCUAGACUACGGAAAAACGGCUCACGAGCUGAUGAUUCCGAAGACAUGGGAAGCUCGAUUGCAGAAAUGCGCGGAACUAGUCCGAACGAGAAUGCCUCAACAUUCUCAGCAGCUGAUUGAAACAACCGCGAAGUCAUUUGUGCACAAAAUUGUUGCCAGCCAUCUGUACAAACCUUCCUCCAAAAUAAAUGCUCCCGUCAAGCUCGUGAAACCAACGGAAAACUAUGCCAAACUUCAAGGAAACUACGGUCUUUCGGAGCUCUGCAACAACGAAGUAAAAGUCACGACAGUGAAAGGUGAUCAUCGAUCUAUGCUGACGGGUGACUCUAUGCUUGAGAUUUCGAAUCUGCUGCGGGAGCUGAUGUAAAUCCGUUCGCCCUGCCGUAUCUAGCCACAAACGCACUUGCUCCCAUCCACAUCAAGAAACAUGUCAUCACAGCGUUAACCAGUGAAUAAUUUAACUUAUUUUAUGCAGUUUCUAUGCGGUGUAUAUUGCUUUCCUUAUUUCGCCUAAGCUUUAGCUCUAGAAUAUGGUUUGUUCAGAACAAAUGUCGGACAUAAGAUAGGGUAGAAAAUUUUAAUAUGAUAACCGGUAAACAGUUAUAGAAGAAAGUUCACACCAAUGCCAGUUUCAGGUCCAUAUAAACUGGUUUUGGUGUCGACUUUCUUUGCCUAUUGUUUAACAAAAUCUGAUGUGAUUUUUCCGGAGACCUUAGGAAGCUAUGAGAACAUUACAGUAGAAAAAAGAGAGUUCGAAUCUACGACAGAAACAUUUAGACUAAGACUUUGAUCCUUUGAGCAAUGGAUUUAAAACGAGUUACGCAUUGGAUGAUAGCAUUCCAAUUUAGAGUAAAAUUUAUGAAGAUCUUCGUGUAGGGGAUUAGAUUCCUUCACACUAUUUGUAUCUAGGAACUACAAAAGUUGUUUUAUGAAACAUAAUCGGUUAAUAUAAUUGAAUGCAAACAAUAAAAUUAUUUGUUACAAAAAUUAAACAACGCGUACCAAUCUGAUUCUGUCUUAGACAUAUAAUUUACCCAACGAUAUUGAACGCAAGAAUUCUAACGAACAUAGAAGGAAACAAUUUUACAAAACAAGGGGCAUCCAGGUAUAGUCAAGUAAGAAUCAUAUUAGCCGAGUAGGUAUUCUAAUUUCUCAGCAAAUCAGAGCAUAUACUGAAGAAAUGGGUAGUUAGUGAUAACAGAUACUCAUCAAACUAAAUAUUUUUCGCACAAUCUCACAAGAAUAUCAGCACCAACAGCUGCAUGUAGUGCACGGUAUAAAUCCUAGAUUGCGAGUAGCAUCUCGCAAUAGUGGCUAGCCAGGAUUUCUAUUCUCUUCGUAUAUUACCGUAAUCCUAAAGAUAUAAGCAUUUAUGCAGUCAAAUGCGAAAUAAGAUCAAAAAGUAACCAUAAUAAAUUCAUGGGUGUAUAAUGUGUUGAAAUGUAAACAUUGUAUAUUUACUUAAAUAGUUGUACUACACAGCGUAUUUUUGAGCACGAAUAAAAUAUAUUUGCGCGUAAUAA